AUGCCGCGGCAGACCAGCGACCCUGUGAGGUCAUUGCCAACACCGCCGUCGCAACACUUCAACGCCUGGCUGGCAGAUGGGCGGGGAAGCGUGAAAAGACAGUCACUGAAGCCGGAGGACGCGUUGUUGGCUUUUCAUGACGCACGGUAUGUCUCUGCUUCUCGCGAGUCCAUGUCUCGCUUCGCUGAUACCACGGGCCGCACCAGUCCCAACCGUCCACAACAUCGACCAGAACAACACCAGAACCUCUAUCAACAGACCCGCCAUGAGAGUCUCUCGGGUAUAGGGCAACAACGGACGCCUCGUCGAUCACAGCAUACGCAGUCUGCACCUGCCCUGCCAAAGCCACGGCCGCUGACUGUGUACGUGGGGAACACACUGGGGUCGAUCGAUGAAGACCCCUCCUCAGAGAGCUCGCUGCCUCUUCCGCCACCGCUCCAGGAUGCAGCACUCAAGAUCAAGGAGGCCGUGCAGAGGGUCUACCGCCCCAUCGACUGGCGGAAAAUCCCCAGCCCCGUCUUCGAAUGCGUGCUCGACCAGCUGCGCCUGUUGCACACAUCUAAGCAAGGCAAUGGCUGCACAACCUGCUACAUGCGCGACCUCUGCGCCAUGCAGAUGACCUGUAAGCCAUGGUUCUCCGCAGCGCAGCACAGGCUCUACUCUUGCGUCUCGAUCGAGGGUGAGGACGCACCGGAGAAGUUGAAGAGGUUCAAGGUCAAGCAUGGGGCGCGGCUGGUGCUGUUGCGGCGCACGCUGAGGGCCAAAGCCUUGCUGGCGGCGCUGGUGAGGGACUUGCGCGUGCCGGAUCCUAUCAUUCCACUGUAUCAAGCGACUGGGGACCCUAACCCAGAGUACGAUGACUAUUUGUGCUUGCUGGCCAGCGUGGUCAUGGCGUGUCCGAAUCUGGAACUGUUUGCCGGCUUCUACCCCUUCUACAACCACACCUUUGACAGACUGACGCACGCGCUGAGCACGAGGAGGAAGCUGAAGCAGCAUGUAUGGGUCAUUGCCGAGAAUGCUGACUGUACGGCACGGGCACAGAAGCAGCUCCCGCCGGGCAUCAUGGAUCACGAUCAAAGUUAUCAAUUCCUGCAAUACCACGAUCGGUGGACGCAACUGGAGACACUGCUGCUGUGCUCACCAGGAUCCUUGGGCGUGCUGGAGCAUGAGGUCUUUGUCCAUGCGCUCCGCAGUCUCCCUAAGCUCAAGCACCUCUGCAUCUCCUCCUUCGACGCCGACGACUUCCACGACGGCACGCUGCAAACGCUGCCGCACAUCAUGAGCCUGCGCCUCGAAGAGUGCCCGGGUGUCUCUGACGCUGGCCUUACACGCUGGGCUGCGUCCCCCAACGCCGUUCUCAUCGAGCGCCUAUCCCUCAUCCACCAAAACCUGACCUCCCUCGUCACCAUCGCCCGCCUGCUCUCCUCCCUUGACCGCCUCACCAAACUCACCAUCAUCCAAUCCGACACCACACCCUCCCUCCCCCUAGACACCGUCGUCUUCCAACCCUUCUUCGCCAGCAAAACCCUGCAAUUCCUGCACUGGGACAUCGCCACCUCAUCCACCCACUCCACGGACCAUUCGUCGCCGACACCUACCCUCUCCCUCCAAGACGCUCUCGCCACCACCGACCCUCUCGACGCCACUCUUCCCCAAACCCCCAAUGCCCACCUCGCCCUUUCACUCCUGCACCACGGCUUCCCAUCCUUAACGCGCCUGCGCGCACCCCGCGACACCGACCCCCGAGGCGCCCUACAAGCUGUCUGCCGCCCCGCACGCGACAUGAACGUGCUGCUCGAGCAUGACACGGGCGCCAUGCGCUUCGGCCGAUGCUGGAGCGGCAGGAACGGCGGCGCGCCAAACCAGCAACUGGACGAAGGCGGCAAUCAUCUGCAGACAGCACGAAUACGGGCACAGCGCCGUAUCGAGCGUGCCGCUAUACAGGGUCCGGAUGUGGAGAAGUCGGGGCUGGGCUGGAAGGUUGUGGUGGAGGAUUACUCGGCGUGCUCGACGCCUGGCUCUGGCGUUGGCAGUACGGAGCAGGUAUCGCCUGCGGUGGUGGAGAAGGGGGGGUUAGAGGCCAGCAAUGACUGCGGCAACGGCAGUGCGGUGUCGGGCAUGGGUUCGUACUCGCGCAGCGAUGGUGACCAGAGCAGCAGCGGCAGCAGCAGCAGCAGCACGACCAUCCGCUCCAGCACAGAAGCCACGCCCAACUCCUCCUCCUCCUCCUCCUCUCGCUCCGACCCGAGCGUCGCCUACGGCGUCAGCGAAGAAACCGAGCUGCGCGACCGCUACGUCGUCGGCCACGACUGGGAUAAGGAGGCGCACGCAUCCCGACCUGCGCUCACGAAAGGCACGUCUCGGCGCCCACCCUCCCCCGCCAGCGACAGUCCCUCCCACCGCAACCGCACCCGCAACCGCAUCCCCUUCCGCUCCGCGGGGUUGGCCCUGCGACGUUGCUACAGCACUCCCACACCCUCCCCAACCUAUCCCUACCCCUAG